GGAAAAAAUGUCCACAGAGUUAGAGAGGAUGCGCAGGAGUGUGGAAACUCGAAGACUCAGCCCUGUGAUCAGCUGGUCCUCUGGAAGGGUUUCUCCUCCUUAGGACAGGGCUGAGCCAUGGAUCGUGGGGUGACCAUCGAGAACCCCUAUGCCAGUGUGUCCAUUCCUCGGGCGCAGCUCAAGGAUGGGUUCCUCAAGUACUACCUGGGCGAGGACCAGGCCCCGGGCACCGUCUUCUGCAACCCCAGCAGCCUGCCCAGCUACCCAACCGCCCAGGAGAAGGUGCAGCCAGAGGCUACAGACCACCACCUGCACCAGGCGUCAGCCUCAGCCUCGGCGGCUUCCUACAGCCCCAAAGUCCCGACGCGAGAGUCAUGGGCCCGACCCUUCAACCCCUAUGCCAGCCUCCAGAUGCCCAGUGGGGCCUCUCCGGAGCCUUUCCACUGGAAGAGCCAUCCGGGGGCCUUUCCGGAGAGCUCAGGUGGCAGGGUUGGCAGAGGCGGUGGAGGCUGUUGCUGUUGCUGCCCUUGCUGCCGGAAAUGCUCUCCCUGCUGCAAGCGGUGCCCCUGCGUCGUCUCCUAA